AUGGAAUCAGCAGUGGAUAAGGUACAGGGUAAAUCGAUUCUUUUGAGCCAGGCAAAUCCACUGUAUGACAUGGACAUAAGGCUCCGUGAUGUUAGUUCAUAUGAUUUUCAAACCAGUGUGCUCGAUCUGGAGUCAUUUAUUCACAACAACAGCAUUUUGAAGGAUGCAGUGAAAUCAGAGAAACUGACUGCAAACUGGAACAAGACUGAAUCUUCUCAAAAAGGACAUCAUGACUCCCAUUCGCAACUGUGUGAGGGGGAAGUUCUGGAAAGACUGUGGACAAAACUAGACCAUGUCAACACCAGCACUCUCCUACUCCGCGACCAACUGACAGAACUCAGUCAGAAACCAGGAAAACCAGGUCCCCCUGGACCAGCAGGUCCACCAGGUGCAGCAGGACCAAGGGGUAUGAAUGGACCCAAAGGUUCCUCUGGCUCACCAGGAUUACCUGGUCUUAAAGGUGACAGGGGGAGUCCAGGUGAGGUGGGUGUGCCAGGCCCUCAAGGUAAUAAAGGAGAGAAAGGAGAAAAGGGGGAAACAGGAGCGGGCCUACAAGGAUUGCAAGGACCACCAGGUUUAAAGGGUGACCAGGGAACUCAAGGAGUAAAUGGAAUACCUGGUGCACCUGGUCCAAAGGGAGAUCGUGGAUUGCCAGGUUUGAUAGGGCCUACGGGUGCAACAGGAGCCCCAGGUUCUCAGGGUGUUGGCACUAAAGGUGAACGAGGCAGUAAGGGAGAACCAGGUGCCAGAGGUAUACCAGGAUCAGCUGGCCCUAGUGGAUCUCCAGGUCGUAAGGGAGAGAAGGGACAGAAGGGAGAGAAGGGAGGACCUAGUACCCAGACUACUCCAGCUUGCCAUGUGCGUUUGGCGGGUGGAACCCGGAGCCGCGGUAGAGUGGAGGUGUUUUAUAACGGUGUUUGGGGUACAGUGUGCGAUGACAGCUUUGACAGCCUGGAUGGAUUGGUCAUCUGUAAGAUGCUGGGCUACCAGAGAGUCCUGUCUGUUUUCACUGCAACAGCAGGUUCUGGGACGAUAUGGUUAGAUGAUCUCCGAUGUACAGGGAACGAGGGAAGUAUUUUUCAAUGCCCACACGCUGGCAUGGGCGUAAACAAUUGUGGACACAGUGAGGAUGUUGGUGUGUCCUGUGUCUGA